ACACUUUCCUUCCAGGUGUCGGUCAUAUGGUGGGUGCAGGUAUAUACGUCUUAACAGGAACUGUAGCAAAGGAUAUCGCAGGACCCGGGAUCAUUUUAUCCUUUCUGCUGGCAGGUAUCGCAUGCCUGCUGUCAGCAUUAUGCUAUGCUGAAUUUGGCACCAGGGUUCCCAAAGCAGGAUCUGCUUACGUCUACACCUACAUUAGUAUUGGAGAGUUUUGGGCAUUCGUUAUUGGUUGGAAUAUUCUACUUGAACAUAUGAUAGGCGCCGCAUCAGUAGCUCGUGCAUGGAGUGGAUACGUGGACUCCCUCUUCGGCGGUAUUAUCAGCAACACCACCGUCUCCAUAACUGGCGAAAUGCACGAACAACUUCUGAGUAAAUACCCUGAUUUCUUGGCUUUUUUCGUGUGCAUCGUAUAUGCUUCUCUGCUGGGAAUCGGCGUCAAGGGUUCAACGGCUGUGAACAGCUUUCUCACCCUUAUCAACUUGGCUGUCAUGAUUUUGGUUGUGGGGGUUGGGUUUUACUAUGCGGACGAGUCCAACUGGACUAGCGGAAAAGGGGGCUUCCUUCCUUACGGCUUCGGAGGAGUCAUAGCCGGUGCAGCGACUUGUUUCUACGCAUUCGUCGGAUUUGAUAGCAUCGCCACAUCUGGAGAAGAAGCGAAAAAUCCCUCCUUUUCCAUACCUAUAGCGACGGUGCUCUCCAUGGGCAUCGUCACCUUGGGCUACAUUCUCGUUAGUGCCUCCCUCACUUUGCUAGUGCCCUACUACGAAGUAAAUCCGAAUGCUGCCCUUCCCGAGGCCUUCAGUCGCGUUGGAAUACACUGGGUGAAAUAUGCCGUUUCGCUAGGUGCAAUCUGCGGCAUGACCACAACACUGUUCGGCUCUCUAUUCUCCUUACCGAGAUGUAUGUACGCCAUGGCUGUGGACGGGCUGCUUUUCGAAUUCCUAGGAAACAUCAAUGCGAAAACUCAACUGCCACUUAUCAACCUGAUGAUUUCGGGGUUGUUCUCGGCCUUCAUAGCCUUAAUUUUUGACCUAGAGAAGCUUGUAGAAUUCAUGUCUAUAGGAACACUUUUGGCCUACACCAUAGUCAGUGCCUCGGUUAUAAUUUUAAGAUAUAGACCUAGCUUCGAGACCACUGUCUCGAAGCCUGUUUUAACUCCCGGAUCAGAAGCCUCGAGUACAACUUCCGAUAUGACUAGUCCAGUGUCCGAAAUCAUCGAUCUAACAGGAACCUUAAGGGUGCAGUACAGCUGGUUGGGUCCUGUUUUUGGGAACUACUCCCCUGGUUCCGUAGUUACUGCCUCAGUGUUCAUUUAUACGUUUUUCUCCUGUGCGCUCUGUAUACUUCUACAAAUUUCUACCAAAAAUUGGACUAACGGAAUAUGGUGGACCAUUAUCCUGACUACCGUUUUCUUACUGAUUAUGGGAGGAUGUUUAUUAGCGAUCACGGCUCAUCAUCAGAAUACCAUGGGACUGAGAUUCAAGGUGCCAAUGGUACCUUUCAUACCAGCUCUGAGCAUAUUAUGUAACAUCGAAUUUAUGGUUCAUCUCAAUAUCUUAACGUGGCUGAGAUUCUUCGUAUGGAUGGUUUUGGGUAUGCUGGUGUAUUUUCUUUACGGAAUUCAUCACAGUAAAGAAGGGGAAGGAAACUCGUCCUAUUCCAUUUUGAUGACAUCCUCGGAAGCGGUGAAAGAAAAAUGGGGUGCAACAAGAACAACCAUCAAAGGUGCUUUGACUCGGAGGAAAUUUUCUCUGGGUGAUAGAGGUGCAAUUAUAGAUGAAGAAUUCAGCACAGAAUGAAAAUUGAAUACGAUAGAAAUAUCAGCCUUUCAUCUAGAAUAUUUCUAAUAUCUGCAACGCAAUUUUGAUUGUUACCAUCACCUAGUUCAGUUUUUCAUCUAAUGUAUGAUGUGUUCUGCUACUACAACGCAUCAAUUUGGUACAUGAAAUUAUACAGGGUGGGCCAUCGAAAAGUUGACAUGGAAGUUUUGGGUACUAAUCUUGCAAAUCCGAAAAAACGCUCAGACAGGUCGACUUUCAUUGAGAGGGGGGCAGUUUUUUGCCCUAUUUACAGCGUCGUCACUUCAAUCCCAAAGCAGAGGGGUGAACAGUCCUUGGAAUUUUAAUAGGGAA